UAUUUACAGAUCCUCAAAGCCAAAGUUUAUCUAGUACAUACUGUGCAGUGAAGAGCCUGUGAACAUGCGAGCCUUGCUCAUUCUCUGUAAACAGGCUUUAAGGUUUUACUCGAAGACAAACACACCUGCUGUGGACUCGGUCAGUCUGUAGAGUCUGUGCUGGAAGCUUACAUGGUUUGCUCAGGUAGCUCGAAGUGUCUGCAGAGGCCAGAUUUCACUUUACUCUUGGAAAACGUCCAUCAUGGCUCAGAAGAAGUUGUUGCUAGAGGGUCUUCCAGACGAUCUGGACUGUGUGAUACCGAAGUUAGGGCUAUAUUUCAAAAACAAGAGUAAGUCUGGAGGAGAGGCGGUACGGAUCCAGGAGCAUCCAGAGGACAAACGGAAAGCUCUGCUCUUUUACCUGAGUGACGGGGAUGCACAGAAUGUGCUCGCUAGGGUCCAUCAGCUUGAUUUCAGAGAUUUGGGAGUGGUCACGUUAUCAAUAAAAGAGCAGGAAGAUAAAGAUUUUCCAGCUAAGAAGGUGAAACCCCCUGUGCGGCCCAGACGUAAGAGGGAAACGGAGCCGGCUACUGCUAGUCAGCCUGAGCCUGAAGGUCACAAAGAGAAUGAAGCGGACUGCAGAAGUCGAAGCCUGCUGGUCAGCAGCAGUGAUUCGGUUGAUGAAGACAUACUUACUCUGUAUUUUGAACAGUUCUCAGAGCAGGUUGAUGUAAUAAAACACGGAGAAAACAGCUGGAUCCUAAACCUGGCCAACCACUCAGAUGUAUUGAAAAUCCUUGCUGUGAAGGAACACGACUUUGGCUUUUCGGUGGAGCUGUAUGGUGAAGAAAAUGUGGCAGAGAAGUGGGACCCCCGUCGCUUCAUCUUAAACGGGUUCAAAGAUACCUGCAAACACAAAUUGGUUACACUGUUUAUUAGCAGCUGUAGUAAAAAAACAGAACAUGCCUGGGAACUUCUGGAUGAAGACAGCAUUGCGGUCACCUUCAAAGAAGACAUUGAUGUCAACAACUUCUUGACUGCAUGCACCUCCAAAAAGCUGCAGGGUAUGGAUAUAAGAGUCUCCCGCUUGGAGCUCACAGAUUCAGUCCUGGUCCAGGGGGACAUGAUCCGGAUUAAAGAAGACAUCCUCACUGCUCAUUUUAGCAACAAUAUGAGAAGUGGAGGAGGAGAUAUAAAAUCUUUGCUGUGGAUCAACAAACAAACGAGCGUGGUUAUCAAAUUCAAGGAUUACCACGCUGCAUACCAAGUGGUGGAACAGAACCAUCAUCUUUGUGGUGAAGAACUUACCGUGCUAUUGUUUUACUCAAGUGUCCAGAAGGCUCUGACUGGUGAAACACUUACAUUGACUGAGGUUCAAACAGACAUCGCCAUUCCUGUUGAUGUGAGAAUCCUAAGUUUCAUUGAAAACAAUGACCAGUACAAAAGUGACUUUCAGGAUCAACUCAAGAUGAUUCAUGCCAAGGUCCUGUUUGACAAGACCACAUUUCCAAGAAAGUUAGUUGUGGAGAUGGCCAUAGACAAACAGUCUUUGGCUGCAUUGCAAAUUGGACCAACUUGGGAGAGCAAGGCAAGAAAGGCAGCCCAAGAAUUUCUGAUGAAGUACAGUGCAGCUGAGGUAGCUGUUGAAGUCAAGGUGUGGAAGAGUGUGGAAAGCACUUGUCUUACACUCAUCACUCCUGAGGCUGAUAUCUUUUUCAAACAAAUUGAGUCUAAGAUCAUAAUAGUUGGCCUCACAGAGGUGGUCACUGUCCUCUUAGACAAGAUCAAGAAUCUUGUGAAGGGAACAAGUACAAAUUUACUCAGGGACAGAAAAAUCACUGAUUCUGUGAUUCAGAGAAGCUCAGCAGAAAAGAUUCCUCUCAAAUCUGUGCGAGAUUUGGAGUUCAUCAAGACUUUCAUGAACUUAUCAGAGAUUCCAGAAGUCAGUAACCUUGGGAUAAGCUUGGAAUAUACUUGUGACACUCCGGGUACACCUUAUCUGAAUGUUACAGCAAGAGAAGACAAGAUCCAAGAUGCUAUUACAGUGGUAAGGAAGCAAUUAUCCUCAAUUGUAAAGGAGAAGCUGAUUUAUUCAAAAUCAGGUGAGUCAAAGGUCCUUGAGAAGAAUGAAGCCAAUAUUAAGGCUAAAGCCAAUGAGUGGAACUGCACCCUGUACUUUGAGCAACUGGGCAAAACUUUUCCUGCAAAGACUUUCAAACAUAAAAUAACCAGCUGUACCACUUUAACAGUUGCUGAAGGUGACUUGCAUCAGUACACUGUUGAUGCAUUGAUUUGUCCACUGUCUACAAACCUGGCUUUUGACAACCCUACUGCCCAAGGCUUCCUUGAAAUUGGAGGUUCUCAGAUUCAAGAGGUCUGCAACAAUCUCCAGAAACAGAAACAAACUUUACUUAGUGGGGAUGUAGUUCUUAGUAAUCCAGGCAAUCUCAAUACCAAAACACUCAUUUAUGCUGUGUUGCCCAAAAGCUCCCAAAAUCUAAGCUCUCAUUACUUGAAAUCAGCCAUAGUCAACAGCCUCCAUAAAGCAGAACAAAGCAGUAGUGCUUCUGUAGCAAUGCCUGUAUUUGGCUGUGGACCUUUUGGAUUUUCAGUGAAAGAAAGUUGUAAAGCAAUCAAAGAAGCAAUUUUGCAGUUCACCAGUGAUCAUCAAAACACCCCGAAGAAUGUGAAGGACAUAAUUGUGGUGGAUUCUGAUGUGAAGAAAGUGGAGGAGUUGCACCACGUUGUAGUAGAACUGGCUUUUCCUAAAGCUAUAUGCCCAACAAGCUCUCCUCCUCAGGUCACCACACAAGCUCUAAAACUUAAACUCAGAUCAGACACAUCAGCGACUGUUCAUGGAGUGCGAGUAUUUCUCAAAAAAGGAGACAUCACCAAAGAGACUGUGGAUGUUAUUGUCAAUUCUAACAACAGGGAUUUAAAUGUUCACAUCGGGGUUUCUGGAGCAAUCUUCAAAGCAGCAGGGAGAGCCAUUGUGAAUGAAUACUUAAAGCGUGGUCCUAGACCAGAUGAUGUGAUCUUGACAGGUAGUGGCAAUCUUUCCUGUAAGCACAUCGCUCAGAUGUUUGGGCCCAUUCAUGCUGCGGAUAUCAUAACCUCCAUUGAGAAGGUCCUGAAUCUAUGCGAAAGUAAUAUGGCUACCUCAGUGGCCAUCCCAGCAAUCGGGACAGGACAAGGUGGGAUUUCAGCUUAUGCAUCUAUCAGUGCCAUCUUCACUGGACUGGAGAACCAUUUGAUUCGGUCGAAUUCAUCUUGGCUGAAGAAGAUUGUUGUGGUUGCAUUUGAUCACAUCAUUUGGGAUGCCUUUCGUGGUUAUUUCAGGGAGAGGAACAAGCAGUCCCUUACAGGCACCACGGCAGCAUGUGCAAAUCAAGUCAAGAUUGAAGGCGUCAGAAUUGAGGUUAAAAAAGGCAACAUCACAAACGAAACAGUGCAAGCCAUAGUGAACACAACCAACAGAGAGAUUGACUUAAAAACAGGUGUUUCUGGGGCCAUAUUCAGAGCAGCUGGUCCAUCUGUUGAAAAGGAGUGCCAAAAAUUGGGUCCAUUGCAGGAUGAUAAGGUUGCUCUGACCAGUGCUGGAAAGCUACAGUGUGAUUUCAUCAUCCACAUGGUGGGACCCCACUCCACUGCAGAGGCGAGGUUACGGGUAAAGAAAGUAUUGGAGCAAUGUGAGAAGAAGAAGAUCAGCACAGUUUCCUUCCCGGCUAUUGGCACAGGUAGAGGUGGUCUCAGUGGUGAAGAAGCUAUGAUUGCCAUUCUGGAGGCAUUUGAAGAUCAUUUAUUUCAGCGUUCAUUCACUGCUGUUAAACUCGUCUAUGUUGUUGUUGACCAUGAUGAAGUUCUACAAGAGUUGCUGCAAGUUCUCAAAGAGUGGACAGCAGACCCCCAGGAGAGUGAAGAUGAUGAUGGAGAAUACGAUGAAAAGGUCAAAUUCUCUGAAGAAGAAAAACAGAAGCAUGCUGGUCAGCUCUUCUGGAAUCCAGACACAGGCUUUGAUUUGAACAACCUGGACCCAGAGCUGAAGAAACUCUUUGACAUGUGUGGCAUCAGUGAGGCACAGCUUAAAGACAAGAUAACAUCUAAGGUCAUUUAUGACUUUGUUGAGAAGAAGGGAGGUGUGGAGGCUGUCAAGGAGGAGUUGAGGCAAGAAGAUAACACAAUGCAAAUAGUUGAUGAUAUAAAACGAAAAACGAAGCUGAAAAAGAAGCGCAAGAAGAAAAAAUUGACCAAAGCUGACAUUGGGACACCCCAGAACUUCCGGCACAUCGGCCAUGUGGGCUUUGCCGUGGACAACCUGGACCCUGAACUGAAGAACUUGUUUGACAUGUGCGGCAUCAGUGAGGAACAGCUUAAAGAUAAGAAAACAUUUAAGGUCAUUUAUGACUUCAUUGAGAAGAAGGGAGGUGUGGAGGCUGUCAAGGAACAGUUCAGGAGAGAAGUACCCACGCCUGUAGAACAAAAUAAAACAAACCCAAGCCCAGCCAAACAGCCACUGUGCCUCACUACUGCAUUGGCUGCAGUAUCUUUCACUGUAAUGACUGUGGAGGUGUAUGGAACCUCUCCUGCUGGCCUUGCCAUAGUCAAGAAGCUCCUGGAUGACCUUAUCUCUGAAGAAUGCACCAGCAGAGAUGUCCAGUCAAGUUAUCUAGCCAAUCUUCAGGAAGCUGAUAGGGAGGCCAUCGUCACCCUUAGCAAGAACAACCAAGUGCGCAUCCUUGUUUCUUCCUCAGACAAGCUAACCGUGUCAGGGAAGAAGGAGGAUGUUCUGGAUACAGUUCUGAACAUCUCAAGCUUCAUCCAGACAGCCAAGGAGAGGGAAGCCCGAGAAAGUGAGAUGAAGAGAUUGAGUGAGACUCUGUGCUGGGAGGUGGCUGAAGAAGAGGAAUGGGUACCACUGGACUCCAGCAUUAGCUACCAGCUGGAAUUAGCCUUUCACAAGAAAGAACAGAACUUUACAUACAAUGAGAAAGGUGAGGUUUACACUGUGGACCUCAAAGAGCUGACAAAGAGGAACAGCAGAGGAAAGUCAUGCAGGAUAAGGAGAACCCUAAUCGGUGACUCAGACACAGCUGUUAUUCAGCCUCCACCAACAUGGACUAAAAUGGAAGGACGAGACGUGGAAAUAAUUCUACUCACUCCAGAUUCAGACGAGUACAAGAAAAUAGAGGCAGCUUUUCUGACCUCCAGCGAGUUCCCCGAUAUAGAUCCUGUUCAAGUAGUACAGAUCCACAGAAUUCAGAAUAAAGGCCAGUGGCAGAGAUACUCUGUGCUGAAGCAGGAGGUGGAUAAGAAAUACCCCGAGCAGAUAAAUGAGCAGUUCCUCUACCACGGCACCACUAAAGAAAUCUGCCAGAAAAUCAAUAACAAUGGCUUUAACAGGAGCUUCUGUGGAAGAAACGCUGUUGCUCAUGGCCACGGCACCUACUUUGCCUUGGAAGCCUGGUACUCCUGUCAGCACAAGUUCUCAAGUCCUGAUGAGAAUGGGUUGAAGUACGUCUACAGAGCCAGAGUUGUGACCGGGAUGUAUUGUAGAAGCCGACGAGGAAUGAAAGAGCCGGACCCUCUGGACCCAAACGAUCCUCAGGCUGGUCUGUUCGACUGCGCUGUGGAUGAUCUGGAGGACCCAUUCAUCUUUGUGGUGUUCUGUGAUGCGGGGGCUUACCCUGACUACCUGAUCAUCUUCAAGAAUAUAUGAAUGCACAAAGUCACUGUGCACUUAAAGUUUUCAUGAGUCCACUUUACAAUCAGCGCUUUACAGCAAGUUAAGUUUAUUAUACAGAAUGCAUUUAAUAUGCAACCAGGUGUUCUAGAGGUGCAGCCAGUCUUAUUUCCCUCAGAGACUGUACUGACUGACUUCCACAGUUAUUGACAGGUAUCAUAAACAUAAUGAUUUCCUUAAAUACUUUGAAGCAAGUGAUAAAACUAUACUAAAAUCAUUUCUGUUUUCAAGCGCUGCACUAUUUUAGUAGCUAAAAUAUUUCAGUGUGAUUCCGUUUUUUAUUUGUUUCAUAUAUUUUGUAAUAACAUUAAAUGAAGGAUUCUUUUCAAAUGGAUUUUUUACUAAAAACAAUACAUUUAUGUGGAACAAAAAAGAAAUCUGCAUGAUGUCCUUAUUUGGUCACUUCUAAAACUCACAAAUCUUUCCAGUCCCCAGUUCUCACUUGCAUAACUUCUACACUGCAUAUCAGUAACUUGACAAGGUUGGUUGUAGUAGCAGGAACAUUAUUUGAGAAUGCUGUUUUUAAUGAUUAAAAAUACCAUUUUAAAUAAGAAUAUCUCUGAUCUGAUGCUAUGGACCAAAAAGAUCAGGUCAUGUGUAAAGCAAAGGCCAAUUUCAUACAACGUGAUUUGUCAGCAAGAGGAAGCCAACUUAAGCCAAAAGUCAAACAUUUAGAACAGGAGGAGAGAUAAAGGACAUUCUUGUUGUGAAAGUGAGAAAUCCUGCUUUGGGAAAUCCCACCAUGGGGCCUGGAAUGGACUACUGACCAGCCUGCUAGGAGCCUUUGACUGCCAGGGGCCUUGGGGCCCUCACUCCACAAAAUCAGAAGAGGCUCAUGUACUUGAUGCGAACUACUGCAGACUUAAAAGGAAGAAUCAGCAGCAAUUGAAUAUGUAAAAUAACUAAAUAAAUGACAAAAUGUUUUAGGCCCA